AUAAUAAUAACAACAUUAAAUGUGAAUGAAUAUAAACUUUGUGAAUUUUGCACCAUUUCGCCAACCAUACCCAGAAGCUAAAGUUAUCCUAACAGUUCGAGAUUCCGAAGAUGCUUGGGUUAAAAGCUGGAAAGAACAUCUUCAAAUAAACUCAAGAAUGAUACCCUUCUAUGUUAAGCUUCUUUUCUAUAUCUUACCUCGCAGGAAGAAACGAAAACAUUUUUUAGACGCCUUACGUCAAGCGAUUUCUGGAAGCUCUAAUCCUGAGGCUACCGCUCUCUUCAGAGUGAAAUACCGGCAACACAACGAGAGAGUUCAGGCCGUCAUUCCCGCUGAAAAGCUUCUUGUUUUCAAUGUUAAACAAGGGUGGAAGCCAUUGUGCGAAUUCCUUGGAUGCGACGUACCUUCGAGUCCAUUUCCACGAGUAAAUGUGGCCCAUUCCGAUACCAAGAGGGGACUCUCACAGUUAAUUGGUGAGACCGAGCGAUACAUAGCCCUCGUUAUACUUUCCAUAGUAGUUCUACUUGCUUCUGUUUUUGUUGGUUUAUAUGUCACGGGCGACGAGCAAAGAUGACCCUUAAAAUAUGUCGUUUGUUAGUAAAACGUGUAACAGCGUAACGAGAAAGCGCGAAAUGCGAUUUUUCUGUUCUUUUUUUCAUUUAUUUCUGUUGUUGUUGUUGUUUGGUUUUGUUUGUUUGCAUUUUCCAAGUAGAAAUUUGUUAAUUAUUAAUUCGUAUUUGGCGGAGUUUUCCUAGCGUCAGAUUGCGUGACGAGCCCAAAGUACGCUUUUCCCGCCCUUUGGCCAAAUUUGCCGCAGUCCCGGAGGUACGUACUUUUCUCCGCGGGCGCACUUUCAGACGCUUUAGGAGAAUGAUCGGGGGAAGGAAGACGGGGUGGGAGGGUGAUGAUGGAAAGUUUUUGUCUUUCAGUUUCAGUCACGUUAGUUUCCUUUCUGGUUUCUUGGUCUUCCCGGUUAAAAUGAAUCAAAUUUAUUCUUAUGAUGUUAAGAUAAUCGAAGGUCGACCGGCAUUAUUUUUGUCAAAAGCAAGAAGGUUAAAAUAAAUACCCGUUUACGGCGCGAAAUGUGUAGGCUUUACAUGACUUAAAAACUCUUUAGGUUGUUGAAAAGAAAACUUGUAUCACAAAAAGUUCAAUAUAGAAGCUUUUGUUGUCUUUGUGAAGGGUAUUUUUUUAUGGACG